AGCAACGACCCCUAACCCUAGCUAACCCCACCUUCCGUCGCGAUGAGGAGCCCCCCAACGGCUGUCAUGACGGUGGCAGCGCUGCUGCUGCUGCUGGUAUGCCUGACGGCGGCGACGGAGGACACGACGGCCAAGGAGAGGGAGUGGGAGAGGAUCCAGGAGUUGCACGAUCGGGUCUUGGCGGACUGGAAGGCAGGGCACGGCAAGAACAUCAGGAGCGAGGAGGAGAGUCGACGGGCGUUUGCCCAGUGGAAGGCCGAGUACCGCAAGAAGUACAGCUCCGCUCGCGAGGAGGAACUCCGUUACGCUUUCUUCAAGGAGAGCCUCCGCACGGUCGAUCUGCACAAUGCCGCCUUUGGCCCCAACUCAGUUUACAGCAUAAAAAACGGGCUGUUCAGCGACCGCAGCGAUGAGGAGUGGCGCUGCCUGAGCCAGGGAAUGUCGCCAUAUAUACCAAGAGAAGAACCUAAUCCACAAAUGCUUCCAAACUACUCCCUCCGUUCCUAAAUACUUGUCUUUCUAGGCAUUUCAACAAGUGACUACAUACAGAGCAAAGUGAGUGAAUCUACACUCUAAAAUAUGUCUACAUACAUCGGUAUGUAGUAGUCAUUUGAAAUGUCUAGAAAGACAAAUAUUUAGGAACGGAGGGAGUAUAUAUGUGAUGUUCGCUGAUUGUACAAUAUUCUACUAGAGUUCAUUUAUAAGUUCUUACA